AUGGCACAACAGGGGAGGAGUCGAGUGUCUGAGGAUGCUGUCAGGUUGCCGUGGUUGCAGCCUCCUGUUUCUUUCGCCGACUGUCAUGUGUGUGUGUGUGCGCGCGUGUGUGUGUGUGACGGGUAUCUUCCGAAAUAACGAGUGAACAUACGCGGGGGAAGGACAUCGUUUUAAAGACAAAGCGGAAGGACACGGCGACUGAAAGGAAACGCCGAGCGAAGGAGACAGAGGGGGGCUGAAGGGGAGGAUGGAGGGAGUGUGAGUCUGGUCCUCCAGGAUUCAACAUGACAUCUCAAGAGGAGGCUUCAUCCUUCCGCAGGUUUUUCCAAUAUGUGGAGGACAGCUGCCUUCAAGCCUACGAUGAUCUCGUCAUCCAGAAUGCCUCGGACAUUUCCAGGGAGAGUGACCGCAUCCGCAACAAGACCAACUGGACGUACCUGCAGGAAAAAAAACAGAAGAAGAAACGCCAGGGAGAAGAAAUCAAAAGGACUGAUGAGGAGGUUGCUGGUACAACAGAGGGCGCACACUCUGGAAAACAUUUCAGAAUGGGUUUUAUGACCAUGCCGGCACCACAGGACCGCCUGCCCACUCCCGGCCAGGGCUUUAGUGUUCGCUCGCAGUCCCUCAACUCGGUGGGUGGUGACGAUGAUGCCAAUUACCGGAAACAACCGCCGCCAAAACCGAAGCGGGAUCCAAACACCAAACUCAGCAGCAGCUCCGAGGCGCUGAAUGGAGUCGCGGUGACAGAAGCUCAGGAGCAAGAUGAAGCUCAUUUGCUUUCCUGCUCUGAUGACUACAAGAAGACACCUCCACCCAAACCCAGACGGAACCCAAACACCCAGCUCAGCUCAUCCUUUGACGAUUCCUACAUGUGUACGCAUGCCAACCAUAGGAAGGCCCCCCUGCAGUGGGAACCAGCCUCCUCACAAAGCCACUGUUUGGCUUCUGGGGACGAUUUAGAGUCUGUUUACAUUGAAAUGGUAGGAAAUGUGCUGCGAGAGUUGAAAAGCCAAGAGGCAGCGGAGGACGAUGAAAACGAAUCAGUGUAUGAGGAAAUGAAAUAUCCGGCCUUGGAGGACUCUGUGGUAGACGCAGAUUCCUGCUUAUCAAGUCACCGCAUCCCUCAACCUUUCCCCAACCUCUUGACGCACCGACCGCCAUUACUUGUUUUCCCCACAGCCCCUGCCCAGUGCUCUCCCAAUUCGGACGAGUCUCCGCUGACCCCUGUGGAUGUCACUCAACUGUCCAUGUUAGAAAAGGCAACUUAUAGCAAGUCAAGAAGCUCAAAAACUAGCGAAGAAGAUCGGCCCUCCACUUCCACCAUAACGUCUUCAGGCCGCUCAUCCGCUCCACCACUUCCAUCCAACCUGUACAAAUCCUCUAGCUCCUCCCAUAAUGGGCACCCACGCAGCCAAUCAGCAUGCCCCUCCCCUGUGAACAUGGGCCGCUCUCUGACUCCUCUGAGCAUGAAAAGGCCACCCCCCUAUGACACUUUGAUGGCAGGAGGAAAUACGCCUGUUUCGUCCUCUUCCUCGAUCUCAAACAGGUCUCAAGAGGGCGGGGCGAUGCAUAAAAACCCCUCUCCCUACAGCUCCACGCAGAACGUGGCGGUGAGGUUGCAAACUCCAACGAGUCCGAUGGACGAACUGACCAAUACCUCGCAUGCGUCCGGCAAACAGGUGGUGAGAAAAGGCUCAGGCAGCAGGAGGAGCAAGCACUGUGAAGGAGAGUCCAGGUCCGUCAGGUCCGAAUGUAAGGACAGAGACGACGACGGACGAUUCAGUCCGGUUUCCAGUAGGAGGGGGAGGUCGUCCGUUAGCCCAACUUUUAUGUUUGCGGGGACAGGAGAAUCAAAGUGUGUGAGUAAACUUGGUCGCUCAGCAUCGACAUCAGGCGUGUCUUCACCGGGUUCCAUGCCACAUCACCAUCCCGCCCUCAGCCAGAUGCCGUGGCUCUGUGGAGACACCACCAUGAUGGAGAUGAUCGAAAAGAAACGAGUUCUGUGUUGUGAGAUCAAAUGUCGCCAACGACCUGAGAAGAACCUCAGUAAACAGGACAGCAUGCCCAUCCUGCCCAGCUGGAGGAGGAAACAACCGCCGCCAUAUUCAGCCCCACCCACGGCUGUCAGCCAAUCAGCUGCAGUGUUGUGGGACACCGCCAUCUGACCCCCUUACAAUGUUUCUCUGGUCUGUUUGUUUCUCGUCUCGUGUGUCUUGUGUCCACUUCAAAUGUGACCUGAAGGAAACGGACACAGUGGAACCCGCUUAUGUCGAAUAAUUCAUCAAGUUGACCGUGUUAUUGAUAAAAGUGCCCUCUUAAGUCGUCGUCAACACAAAAUUUGACAGCAAAAGCGUCAUUUUGAACAAAAUUGUUCUGUUUAACGUCUACUUACACAGCGGUAAAUCGUGCAGUGACUUCCUGUUCAGUGCAAAAUAAGCAUCAAAAUAAGUGGCCGUGUUAACGUAAUUCGCUGUAUAACAUCUUAUACAGCGAGAAAACAUGCACACUGACUUCCUGUUCAGGGCAAAAUAAGAUUAAAAAUAAGUGUGGCAGUAUUAUUACUCAGUCACAACAUAACUGGUCUUGUUGCACAGCAGUAAAACAUGCAGUGACUUCAUAUUCGGUGCAAAAUAAGCAUCAAAAUAAGUCACAGUAUUAUUAAUGUCAUUACUCUGUUACUAUUACUGUCUACUUACACUGCGGUAAAACGUGCACACAGUGAGUUUCUGUUCAGUGCAAAAUAAGUUUAAAGUGUGGGAGUAUUGACAUCAUCAAUAUUGCUCAGCCACAAUAUUACUGUCUAGUUACACAACAGUAAAACUUGCACACAGUGACUCCCUGUAGUGCAAAAUAGCCUUUAAAUUAAGUGUGGCAGGUUUGUUAACUUCUUGCUUAACAGCCACUACCUAACUACUGUCUACACAGCAGUAAAAUGUGCACACAAAAACUUCCGGUUCAUUGCAAAAUAGGCUUCAAAAUAGGUUUGGCAAAAUGAACUGCCUCAUUAUCGCUCAGCCACUAUAUAACCACAGUCUACACAAAUCAGCCUUUUAUUGGGGUGUAUAAAACCAGCACGGAAUACUUACGCAAAAAGAUGCACUCCACACUUAAAUGCAGCCAACAACAAUCUCCUGUCUCGGGCUGGCUCUAUCCAGCAGGCAAGCGCCGCUGCCCCCUGUAGCCCAAUAGCCGAGUGUUGACAUAAGCGGGUUCCACUGUCGUGAAGAAAUUCACUUUGCAGCUACAAAUGGGUGUGAUUCUCUUUGGAAAAAGUAAACAAAACAAAACAAAACAAAAAAAAACAUAUUUGAAAUGUGAAAGAAGACAAUGUUUGUCGUGACUAACAAAUCAGAUUUUAUAUACUGAAAUCAUAUUUUCUUACAUUAAUGUUGAGCCAGAUUUGGAUGAUUUCGUAAACUGAGAGAGGAAAUGUGGUGAAGAUGACGACAUUACAUGACAUCCAUAUACGGGAGAGAUCUGGUGAAACUCCUCUGAGGACACCAAGUGCAACAAACUCCUUCAAUGGUAUUAUAACAAAGUAUUCAAGGCACUUUACAUACACAGCAAGUUUAGACAGAUGAGAGCGUUCACUGCCCAACCAGGAGUGUCAAAGGAGCAAAGCAUGAAGUGUCAUGCAUGAACUGUUGUCCGUUAUGAAGUGUUACUUGAGUGCAAUCACAGAUCAUAUUUGGUUUUGUAUGAAGAACAAUUAUGAUUUCCCCCCAAAAAUUUAAAAUAUCAAAACUCUGCAAAACUCUGGUUUUCAACAGUUUAAAAAAGUAAACACUCAAAAAGUUAGGGGUAUUGCGCUUUCGGGUAAAAUUCCUGAAUUGAGCUAAAACACACUACAGUGAACCUUCACCACUUCACUCUUCCGAAUUUCGCAGUUUCACUCUCGGUUUUUCAAAAAAAUACAGUAAAGCAUACUGUUUCGUGGUUGCAUAUGGCCUGUUAGUCAAAAUACGCAUAUUUAAAGUACACUUUACAUAUUUUUGCCACAAUGAAGCCAUUUUAAGCAUAAAAUGGCAAAAUGAAGUAAAAUACAAAUAUGGCAUUCAGACUCAAAGAUGUGAUAUGUCGUACUCUACACUGUGUGACUAUAGGGGUGUUAUUUCAUGCCUAGAGGGCUCUAAUGUUAAAGCUCUUCUUCAGAAGGUUGUAAACAGGUUUUCUAUGCUGUACCAAUAUAUUCCAUUCAUAUAUGAGGAAUCCUACUUCGCAGAAAUUCGCUCAUCACAGUCGAGUCUUGAACCGUGCUAAAUGAGUACGUUUUACAGGUCAACUUAAUUGAACCUUCUGUAAACAUUUGAAUCUCCAACUGUUCAGUACUUAUUUCUAUGUUGUCAAACAAGUGCAAAGGCAGUAAUGGAAUGACAACCUGCCAACAGUCUGACAUCUUCAAAAGUUAGGGAACUUCAACAAAAUAAUGCAAAUUACAUUUUUAUUUAAGAUGCCCGCCUGGGGGCUUAACAUUUCAUAAUGCACAAUGUUUUUGUGGAAUUAGUAUUUGAUAUAUAUAUAUAUAUAGUAUCUGAGGCUGUAAAAGCUUGCUAUAUAUGGCAAAAAAAAAAAAUCCUGGUGGAAAAAGAUGACAUCACCGCCACGUGACCAGAAGUGACCGGUUGGGUACUGCUGCCGAAAAGCCAACAUAUCAGAAUAUUUAGACUGGCAUAUCUCUCACUCAGCAUUAUCUGAAUAUCUCUUUGUUUUAUGCUCCAAAGCCACUCUAGAAGUAAUUUCACUUCGUCAUCAUUCUCGUCAAGACUACGGACGGAAUGCGCAUGCGUUCUUUCCUCUUCUUUAGUUUUGGUGUCACGUGUUUCGUUCAGUGUGUGUCUAUUUACAGCGCCACCUUGUGUAUGACACAAUAUUCAUUUAUUCUGUUUCUGUGUGGACGUGACUACUGAUCCAACAGUGCGGGUGUGUAUUUUUUCAAACCGUAAAAAAACCCGAGAUGAGUCUAGAUUCAGAGAGAAUUUAACGAUAUGUAUAUAUUGUGCUUGUCAUUUGCAGUAGUAUACAAAUGCAGGGAAUUAAAGCACACAUUUAUAUGGGUAUUAGAGCCAUGCUGAAAAAAAUUACAAAGAUAAUAACUUGAAUAAUAAUAACAGCAAUAUCAUGACAGACUGAUGGAAUUCACAGAAAUUCACACAGCUAGUUUACACUUUACAGUGCUUUAUGAUUUAUCAUUAUAUUUUUACUAUCGUUAUUAUUAUUUAAAACUAUAUUAAGUUAGGCCGCACGGUGGCUGAGUGGUUAGCAUCUUGGCCACACAGUCAGGAGAUGUGGAAGGUUUCCUCCCACAUUCCAAAAACAUGCAUGUUAGGUUAAUUGGUGACUCUACAUUGUCCAUCGGUACGAAUGUGAGUGUGAAUGAUUGUUUGUCUAUACAGUAUGUGCCCUGCGAUUGACUGGCGCCCAGUCCAGGGUGUACCCCGCCUCUCAUCCGAAGUCUGCCGAUAUAGGCUCCAGCAUACUGCCCCAAAACCCUCGUGAGGAUAAGCAGCAUAGAAGAUGGAUGGCUGCAUAUAUUAAGUUAUACAUUGCCAUUAGUUAUACACCAGCUAAUGUCUUUCUGAAGUAAGUAGUCAACUUCUUCCAUUACACUCAUUCCUCAGAAAAACAAUGUUACGUGGUACCUUAAUUGGUCCCUCUGUCAAACAGAAACUUUCUAUCUGUCAGAACUGAAGGUCAACUAGGCAGGUCAGUGGCUAGUGCUUCAUUCUCAGGUUGUCAGGUGGUCUUUCUCCAGCAUAGAGAGAAAAAAAGGACACGCGUGUUAGUCACAGCAUCACACAUAUACACAAAUAAUCUUAUAAUAAUAAUCAUAUAAUCAAAUAAUACUUAGAAUUGCUGAGGUAUAUUAAAUGAUGUUAUCUUCAAGGAUUCAAGAGCUAUUUAAUGAUUGUAUUGAAUUUAGUACUGUGAUACUACUCUACUAAUAAAAAUAAAUUACAUUCUUAGAUUUCAAAUAAAAGAUUUAACAACCCAAUAACUACUACUGCUAGUAAAACACAACCAGCUAAGAUCAUAAUAGAUAAUAUUAGGUAUGAAAAGACCGAAUAAAGGUAGCAGCAGAUAUUUACACACACACCUGAAGUGUCCAAAGUCAUUUGUGUGGUGGCCUGUGUGACUGAGGACGUGCUGUACAGUAGGUGGCUCCCCAGUCUUUCACACGCUCUCAUUAAUUUGCAACUGAAAUAU